GUAGAUAGAAAGCGAACAGUUGAUGCGAAAGGGUAACCAAUUCUUUUACGACCUCCGCAAACACAGGUUCCACAUACCUGCGGCAUUUUAGGGUAGGUCUGCACUUUGGCAUAACGCAAGUGACCCAGUGACCAAGUGAAUAGGCGCAAUCAUGAGUGUGGUGGGCAAGAAGCUCAGUUCAAUGGCAUCUGGAGGCGGCGCGGAGGAAGCAGCCAAGUCCUCGCCCACCACUCCGACGAUCACUGGAACCGCAAAGAGCAUCAUCACGCCGGAAUAUGUGUUGCAGUUGAACAAAAUCGCGGACGAUUACCUCUGCACGCCCGAUGCCAACAUCUACGAGAUCGAUUUUACGCGGUUCAAGAUACGCGAUCUGGAAUCGGGAGCUGUACUGUUCGAGAUAGCGAAACCAUCCGUAAGCGACAUUACGCAAAGCGGCAACAGUGCCGCCGGGGUGGGUGGUGAAUCAACGCCCGGGGAUGCGACGGGGACACCGAGUGGUGAAAAUCCGGCCCCAACCGAGGAUGUAGAAGAAACGUUCGAACCGAACGCAGGACGUUACGUGCGGUACCAAUUUACCCCGCAGUUCUUGAAGCUCAAGACCGUCGGUGCAACGGUCGAGUUUACCGUUGGCAGCAAGAGUGUGAAAAACUUUCGCAUGAUUGAGCGGCACUUUUUCAAGGAUCGGUUACUGAAAACGUUCGACUUUGAGUUUGGAUACUGCAUUCCCUUUUCUAAAAAUACUUGCGAACACAUCUACGAGUUCCCCGCCAUCCCACCGGACCUAGUGAACGAAAUGAUUCAACAUCCGUUCGAGACCCGUUCCGAUAGCUUCUACUUCGUCGAUGGUUGCCUGGUGAUGCACAACAAGGCCGACUACGCGUACAACGGUGGCGGUCUGUGAGCGCCGCUCGGUAGCCGGACGCACACGGAAUCCCUGGCGAGAACUGCGCCAGAUGUUACCGCGAUACAACUUUGUUUUGUUGCCUUUCGUUGUUGCCGUGUUGUGUUGGUGAUCAACGUGGUUCUCGAUCCGAGCAAGCGUGCGGUGAAACCAUUUUUUCGCCAAAUACACGCGAUUCGAACCGGUGGACUCGUGCUGAGUUUGUGAAAUGCAGAAAGGAGCGAAAUUGGGAAACCGGGAGGAUCCGGCAUUCCCAAUAACCUAACCAAAGCUGAGGCCGAGCUAACGCGUGAUGAAGGCAGGAAAAAAAUAAACAAAACAGGUACGUUAAUAUACUUAUAGUAAAUGCAGAAGAAAGAGGUAAAAAGCAGGGUACACCGGAGGCAAAAAGACAUUAUCGAAAAUUCCCUCACCGGCCAACCGUCAUCGAAGUGGCUAGUGCUAACUACAAGGUCCCACAGGUUCCGUUAUGGGCGCUUUAAAUAUAUUUAUUGUAAGAAUUGGAAGGUUUUUAAAACGAGGCGAAAUAUGAAUCUAGUCCAGAAUAGCGCCGCCUACUCCAACGUUAAAAGAUGUACGAGAGCAGCAUUCCCCCCCGGCCUGCUGAGCAAUGCCAAUUAAAAGUAUGACCAGCACGACUCUAGAAAAUGAAAACGAUCGACCGACAGAACUCGAAUCACCUUUCUUGCCUUAAUUAUUUGUUUGUAAUUGUGGUGAACGGGAACAAGGGAUAUCAAGGGUGGAAGAAAGCAUGGAAACGUAAACAAACCACAGGCCCGCAGACCGAUCUGUUACGCGAACUAAAAAUAGACUAUAGACUUCUCUUAGCUUUUGUUUUUUCAAAGCUUUUCUCUUAGCUCUUAGCAUGAAAGUGUUCCUAUAGUUCAUCCAUAAAUGGCUCUAUUGCGAUUAAUUAUGUUGGACACAAUGAGCGUAGUAUAAGUAUAGAUCUAUAUGUGCUAUGUAAAAUACUAAAUAAAGGGCGAUGAUACAUCGCGGUCCUGCCCCCCUGACUUGCCAGUAAGGCCCCCGUCGG